UUUUUUUUUGUUCCUAAAUAUAAAGUGCCUUUUGGAAACCGUUUUAAUAUUUAUUAUCUGUGCCCACCAUGAGAACUAUCAUUUUUUGUUUUUCUUUCGUAAGUGCAGGAAAUGGUGACCAUUCGGUACCUGGAGAUGACGCUAAAUCAAACAAUAUUUCUGAUGCCAACAAAACUAAUGAAUCUUCUUCCCAAAAAUCACAUCAUAUUAAUUUGGACUGGAGGGAAUUCAGAGCAAAUCUAUUUGCUCGUGAGCAGGCAGAGAAGGUGGAAAAUGCAAAGGGUGACGCUCACGAGUGUAGGCCUCUGGGCCUGAAGUGGGCACAUCCCAUUCCUGUGCCUGAGACUGGGUGUGUCCUUGUGGCCACAGAGAAGUUGGAGGGUGUUCGCAGUUUUGAGCGAACAGUCAUUCUUCUCCUCAGAUGUGGAAACAGACAUCCUGAGGAGGGGCCAUUUGGGGUUGUGAUUAAUUCCCCGCUCCACAGAAAGAUCAAGCAUAUGAAUCCAACCAAUCUUGACUUAGCAACUACAUUCUCUGAUUGCUCUCUACACUUUGGGGGGCCUGUUGAGGCGAGCAUGUUUUUGAUGAAAACAGGAGAAAAAUUGAAACUCCAUGGGUUUGAAGAAGUGAUCCCAGGCCUCUGCUUUGGCGCUCGAAACAGCCUUGAUGAAGCUGCAGUGCUGGUGAAGAAGGGAAUCCUUAAGCCUCAGGACUUCAGAUUCUUUGUGGGCUAUGCUGGGUGGCAACUGGAUCAAUUGAGGGAGGAGAUUGAAUCAGAUUACUGGCAUGUGGCUGCUUGUAGCUCAAAUCUAAUUAGUGGCGCCGCAUCAGAGGGACUCUGGGAGGAGAUUUUGCAGUUAAUGGGUGGUCACUAUUCAGAGUUGAGCAGAAGGCCCAAGCAAGAUAUGUAGCUACCUAUUUAUUUCAAGGAACACUCAAAAUUCUGAACUCAAAUGCGUAAUCUAAGUUAAGCUAAAAGCCA